AUGGACAUUGAAACCAGCAAGACGAUAACUGUUGCUGCGCUUGGACGGCCUUUUAAUGUUGGGAUGCUGUAUGACUGCCGCAAUGACUCUCUCGUCCCUGGUGUAUCAUUGUGGGACCACGAUGAUAUAGUACAACAUAUACAUGAAAGACCUCAGUUCUACAAUGACUUUGAGAUAGUUGCAUCUGAAUCAACUGAGGACAAAUCUUCAGCACUUAAUGUUGAUGCAUCACUGAUGGCAAGUUUCAUGACUGGACUGGUAGAGGUGGAAGGAUCUGCCAAAUACCUGAAGAAUCAAAAGACAUCCAAAAAUCAAGCCAGAGUAACACUGAAGUAUGAAGCUACCACAAAGUUCCAGGAACUGUCAAUGAAUCAUCUUGGAAGAGGCAAUGUGAAGCAUCCAUAUGUGUUCGAGAAAGGUUUAGCAACACAUGUCGUCACAGCUGUCCUUUAUGGGGCACAAGCCUUCUUUGUCUUUGACCGUGAGGUCUCUAAAGAUGAGGAUCAUCAAGACAUUCAAGGCAAGUUGAAGUUGACAAUCAAGAGUAUUCCCAGUGUUUCGAUAGAAGGUGAAGGGAACCUACAAAUGGAGGAAAAGGAGACUAAAAGUAUGGAGAAAUUCUCCUGCAAGUACCAUGGAGACUUUUUCCUUGAGAAUAACCCUAUGUCUUUUCAGGAUGCAAUACAAGUCUAUCAAAGCCUGCCAAAACUUCUGGAUGCAAAUAAAGAAAACGUUGUACCAAUUAAGGUCUGGCUGUUGCCACUGACAUGCUUACAUGCAGGUGCUACUCAACUAGUACGCCAGUUAAGUGCACCAUUAAUACGUAAAACACAGAGUCUUUUUGAGGACUUCUCUGAGCUGGAAAUGAGGUCUAAUGAUGCACUGAAAACCACAAUUGCACAGCAGUUCCCAGAGGUUGGCAAAAAACUUAAAACAUUUAAAGCACUUUGCUUUGAUUUCAAGCUGGAAUUCCAACGAGACCUGGCAAAGAAACUUCCAUCAAUCCGGGGAGGAGGGGAACAGGAGGAUCUACUCUGUGACACCGUGAAAAAAAUUCAGUCUUCUCUCUUCAAAAACACAAACCUGAGCAAGUGGAUGGAUUGUAAAGAGAAAGAAAUCUACAACUUCAUGUCUUUCAUGAACAUAAUGAAAAACACCAAGAUCGUCCCAUCUGAAAAUGACCUGUACAAGGAAAUUGUUGGUGUAGAACACGCUGUGUGUUUCGUCUUCCCCUUGUUGGACAUAGCUGAACCAUUCCUGUCAGCUUUGUCAGACUACUCAGAAUCUACUCAACUUCCCCAAACUGAGAACACUGAAAAGGACUGGUUCUUUUCAAGAGAUAUAACUGAUGUAGUGAGGCAUAAAGCAAAGCUCUUUAGUGAUUUUGCUGAGGCCAACAAGGAGGACAACAACAUUAAGUUCCUGACAGUGGCUUUAACAAAUAAGGCCCAGAAAGGUCCAAGCAUCUACCUUUAUAAAGAAGGUUUUCCUGUCACUGAGGACUUUGAGCCACCGUCAAAGCCUGAAGAAGUGUCACCAAGUCAAAUAACUCAUAACAGCGUGACACUGAACAUUUUGCCACCCAAAUAUGGAGCAAAGAACAUCACCUCGUACUCUGUUGAGUACUGUGUCAGUGGAGACAGUGAAUGGCAACAAACACCAGCAUCAACAGCUGGAGAAGACACAAAAAGUGCAGAAGUUAAAGUGAUCGGUCUGAAGCCUGCCAUACAGUAUAUGUUCAGAUGCAGAGCCGUGACCUCAGCAGGUGUCGGGGCAGCCACAGAAGUCACGAUACAUACAUCCCGUUCCCGGUAA